CUCCCUAUUUUUUGCAUAUAUGGUGCAUAUUCAGCGAGAAUACGUGGUGAUUGUGAGAAAUUUGGGUUAUUAGAACCAAAUAGGCUGUCCUGUUUAUUCUAAAUAAAACUUUAUCAGCGAUUCUUGAUGCAUUAUUAUUCUGUGUAAAGGUUGAACUUCCACACAGUAUAUGGUAGGCCUAGGUAUUGUCUACCCUUAAAGCUUAAAAGGUGUUUGAGUGAUGAGCCAUAUUAGAUAUAGAACCAUUUGAGCCUUCACCCAAUGACUUAAGCCUAUUGGAGAGUUAGUGCUUGAGUUGUUGUCAUGUCUUGAGAAUUACAAACAAUCCUAUAGAACAUGGACAGCAUAAAAGUAAUAUUUAGCUACCUCACUAAGCUUUUCGUCUCCAAAACUAAGUUCCUUAGAAUGACACAAGGGUCUAAGAAAAUGCAUAUAAUAUAUCAAUCUACAUAUUCAAACAGCUAUUUCCUAUUGCAAUUAUGCUCACAUCACAUAUACAACACACUGCACAGAUGACAGAACCACCCAAAAAUAAUAGCAAGCAUAUGCUAUGGCUUUUCAAAUGCACCUAUUCCGUGAGUAUAAUAUACAAUUUUAACCUCACCUAGUCAAAAGACCAAUGUUGGUAUUGAGGGACGUUAUUCUGGUACCUUGCUGGCAGGUAUCAAGUCCUGUCUCUGUAACUUAAUGUAACAUCCGAAAGGACAAGACAAAGGUAGCUCAAAUCAGUUAGCCUGGUACUGGCAACAUAGAUGUAACUUAAUGUCUGAAAAGGUAAAAUCGCAAUAUCUUCAAUAAAUACUGAAUCAAGUGUGGCAACAAAAGGUACCAUAAAUGAUGCAUAUUGUACACUAAAGCACAAUAAUAUAUUAAGGAGUAAAGGUGUUGCCAGUAUUUUGAUUUAAUUUGAAUGAUAUCUCUACUUUGCCCCUCUGCUUCUGCAUCAAAAGCCAAAUGCUUUUAUGAAUCACAAGUCCAACCAAUGGCAAAAAAGGUCCAUCUUUAGUUCUUCAUACAAGCUUAAAAUUAACCUUACAAAGAGUCUGUUUAUGUAGAGUACGAGUGAAGAUGGAUCACAAACAGCUGAACAGUUCUUAAAGAAAUACCUGACGAACUACAACAAAAUCAUCAACUGAUAGGCUUAACUCCCCCUCAGCUUGAGUUGUACCUCUUGCCGAGCUAAAUGAUCAAGAUCAUUAGAAGAGCACGGCCACAAAUCCAUGAAACUGUACCGUGAUACAAUGUCUUGCAGAGAGCUCUCCAAUGCUGUUCCAUCUUCAGCUCUAGAAAAACAUGGCCCAUUUUCCCAAUCAUCGUGGAUGGAUGUACGACCGUUGUUAUAGCGGAAGGAGAGGUAUGAAGGAAGCUUUUGUCCUUGGAGUUGAUGAGUUUGUGGAGAUGGCUCGACGAUAUGAAUAUUAUGCUCUUGAUGGAGGGAUUCAAUGCCCAUGCAUCAAGUGUGAAUGUACAAGGAUUUUGAAAGAUGAAGUCGUCAAAGUUCACCUAUACCGAAAAGAGUUCAUGCCAAAUUACAAGGUUUGGACAUUUCAUGGUGAAGAAAUGCCUUCUACCUCCACUGCUCAUGAAAAUCGACCUGCAUCAAGUUUGAAUACUAUUGUACAUACAUCUGAGAUACAAGAGAUGGUCGACAAUACUCUUCGUCAACAUGCUGAACAAGAAGCAAACGAUAGUCGUGAUGAAGAGUCUCCAAAUGAAAGCACUCGGAGGUUUUACAAUCUCUUGGCUGAGGCAAACCAACCUGUAUUUGAAGGUUCAUCUGAGUCAAAUUGUCAGUGUGCAUCAAACUCAUGGCUGGUAAAUCUAAUUGGAACGUUCCCAAUCAAGCGGUAGACCACUUUACAAAAUUGGUGUUAGAUCUAACACCACCAAACAAUUCUUUGCCAAAGAAUUAUUACGAAGCCAAAAGAUAUGUUUCAAAGUUGGGAUUGAAAGCGAAGAAGAUUGAUUGUUGUGUGAAUGGAUGUAUGAUUUUCUAUGACAACGACAAUGGCAAAAAUGAUGCAUCAUUGGUGAAAUGCAAGUUUUGUGGUCAUCCUCGAUUUCAGACAUUGCAACUAUUAAGACAGAACUACAACUCCAAACACAAUUUCGCAAUUCGAAUCAGGAACUGUUUCUACAGAAAACCAUCCUUCCCCAAAACCCAUUUCAAAGUUCAAAGCAAAAAUUAGACUGCAUAAACAAAACUUUUAUAUUGGUUCUCCAAUUCAAACUUCUAAGUGUAUUGGUCCUAAUGUUAUACGGGUUUUGGACCUCCAUAUGACAAAACCAGAUACAUGUAGAUCUGUUAUAUCUUCCUCUGAAUUCUUAAUAGCAUAAUUUGAUACAAAUGUUAAAAAGUUAUUUUCAUUUCAUCAUAUUUUCUAAAUUCAAUCUACAAAAGCACAUUCUCAAAACUGUUGCUAAUUUUUCUCUCAUUUCACUCUACCUGAGAGGCAUGUGAAAAUCAUUUAAACA